AUGUCAGAACCCUCAAUAAUACAAGGACACUCUAAAGACGAGCCGCCGUCAAAAAUACCUGAAUCCGUAAGGAAAAUCAUAUCGAUGGAAAAAGAAAACGAAACAAACUCCAACCGGAAAUCUAGGAUUGAUCUAAAUGCGCUCCCCACUCGCCAGUACCUUGACCAGACCGUAGUGCCAAUAUUAUUGCAAGGGCUUUCAUCAUUAGCCAAGGAAAGACCACCAGACCCUAUCAAUUAUUUAGCAGCAUAUCUACUGAAGAAUAAAAGUACAUUCGAGAGCAACAAUACUCCCACCAACAACCCACCUCCAAACCCACAAUCCUAA